AUGGAUGCAGAGGGCAAAGCAGAUCCACAGUUUGGCGACGCGGCGACACCAACAAGGUCAAGCAGCAACAACAACAUUCGCGUUAAGGAGCUGCAGCGAGAACAGUUAUGCCGUCGAGUUGCUGAUCUACGUGAAAACUUGCUUCACCUCAACGCCAUGACACCCUCGCAACUCGAGACUAAGCUAGCGCUCCUCGAGCAUCAUUUCACCACUUUCGAGCGCUUGCAAUCAGAGCUGGAGUUUCUAGAUGACUCGCAAUUUGAAUUGGAUCAUCGCAUCGUCUUCGAAGAGUCUUUUUGUGAGGUGAAAAGUGCCAUCGUCGAACGUAUAGCUGUACUUCGAAGAAGUGAUUGCCUCAGUAGCACCAUAGUCCCUGCACUAAAUUCUUCGUCGUCACCGCCAGCCCGGCAUAGUUUGCCUAAGCUGCAGCUUACUAAAUUUAGCGGCAAACAUACUGAGUGGCUAGACUUCUACAACAUGUUUAAAGUCCUUGUGCACAACAAUGCUGGACUUUAUGAUAUUGAGAAAUUUCAAUAUUUGCGCUCUUGCUUAGUUGACAGCGCAUUUCGCUUAAUCCAGUCGUUGGAAGUUACGAACGAAAAUUAUCACCGUGCGGUGGAAUUGCUUGUUAACCGCUAUGACAAUAAGCGGUAUAUUUUUCAAUCACACCUGCAAGCUAUCUUCGAUAAUGGGGCACUCAGUCACCCAACCGUCGUUUCUCUUCGGGAAUUCAUCGAUUCCAUUAACGCUCAUCUACGUGCCAUGCAGUCAUUGGCAUCGCGCAGUCAAAUCGCUGACGGGAUUUUACUCCAUCUCAUCGUGGCAAAGUUGGAUCAUGAAAUGCGGCUCAAAUGGGAAGAAGAAGUGUCAGCCAAGUGGGACAAUUCAGCAAAUACUUCGCUCCAACUUCCAUCGUGGGAUGAUCUAGCUUCGUUCAUUGAGCGACGCUGCCAAACAGUUAACAUGGUAAAGGCCAACAGAAGCGCAUCGGGUAAGGUCACGGCAGCAAAAACCCCAGCCCGUUCAUCGAAGGUUAGUUCAGCAUUGGUCACGUCAUCGAGCAACAACAAAUGCCCACUAUGCGAUGAACUCGCCACACACAGUGCUUUCAAAUGUGACAAAUUCACCGCCAUGGAUCCAAUGCAGAGGUAUGAUCUUGCUAAGAAGAAAACCCUUUGCUUGAACUGUCUGAGUAAAGGCCACGUAUCGAGCAAAUGUCCAUCAAAUAAUCGGUGCCAAUACUGCAAGUCUGCACAAGAGUCCACGCAAGCACAAGCAGUGGCGCUGCACGCUCAUCGACCAGUUAAUGACGUCAUCCUUGCUACUGCAAUAGUGCAACUUCACAACAAUCGUGGCACCUCGGUCAUGGCUCGUGCGCUGCUUGACUCGGCAUCUCAGUUAAACUUCGUUUCCGAGCGCACCGCCCAGAUGCUGAAGGCUUCUCGCACCAAAAUCGCCAUGGAAAUCUGUGGAAUAGGAGCGCUACGAACUAAAGCAAAGUACAUAGCUGUUGUCGGACUCAAAUCCCUGCAUACGGGUUUUUCAUCGUCAUUGGAAGCGGUUAUCAUGCCAUCGAUUUCAUCGUCUCAGCCACGAACCACUAUCGAUAUUGUUCGCUGGGGAAUACCCAAAAACAUAAAUUUAGCCGACACCAGCUUUUAUAUCCCCGGUGCUAUUGAUCUGCUUCUUGGUGCGAGCGCUUUCUUCGAAAUUCUUUCGGUGAGGCAAAUAAAGUUGCACAAAAAUCUACCCACACUGCAGAAGACAUAG